AAAAGGAAAUUGCUUGUGCCCAUCCUGUAUUUUUGUUUCAUGUUUUCCACAAGGUCCUUGAAUGCAAAAUGAAGCUAUUUCUCCUAAGCUUCUCGCUGGUUUCUUGCUGUUGCCAAGUCGGGGCAGUGAACCGGGAGUACUUUAUUGGCAUUACAGAGACUGUCUGGAAUUAUGCACCUGGCAAUGCCAGUGCCAUCUCUGGGCAGCUUUUUGCAGAAGAAGAGCAGGCUGAAGUCUUUCUCAAAAGAGGACCACACAGGAUAGGAAGUACCUACAAGAAGGCUGUCUACGUUCAGUAUACAAAUCGUUUCUAUGAUGUGAUAGUUGACAAACCUUCCUGGCUGGGAUUUUUAGGUCCUAUAAUUAAGGGAGAAGUUGGAGAUUCCAUUACUAUUCACUUGAAAAACUUUGCUUCUAGAAACUACACUCUGCAUCCACAUGGUGUAAGAUACACAAAAGAAAAUGAAGGUGCUUUUUAUCCUGACACCACCAAAGAUGAGCAAAAGCGAGAUGAUGCUGUGGAGCCUGGAGGCCAGUACACUUACACGUGGGAUGUGACAGAAGAUCAAGGUCCAGCUAAAGCAGAUGCAGACUGCAUAACCAGGGCUUACCACUCCCACAUAGAUGCCCCAAGAGAUGUUGCCUCAGGGCUUGUUGGGCCUCUAAUAAUUUGCAGGAAAGGUACAAUGACUAGGGACAGUGAUCAACACUUUGAUGCUGAAUUUAUCCUUAUGUUUUCUGUGGUGGAUGAAAAUCUCAGCUGGUAUCUAGAGGACAACAUCAGAACAUACUGUUCUGAGCCUUCCAAAGUGGACAAAGAUGAUGAGGAAUUCCAGGAAAGCAAUAAAAUGCACUCAAUCAAUGGGUUCAUGUAUGGAUACCUCCCAAACCUCACAAUGUGUGUGGAAGACAAGAUCAAAUGGCAUCUUUUUGGCAUGGGUAAUGAAGCUGAUAUCCAUUCAGCCUACUUUCAUGGGCAGACCUUAAUCGAAAGGCAGCAUCGAGUGGACACCAUCAGCCUGUUCCCAGCCACGUUUGUUGAUGCUGUCAUGGUGCCCAGCAGCCCGGGGGAGUGGCUGCUCAGCUGCCAAGUGAAUGACCACAUUGAAGGAGGUAUGCAGGCCCUUUUUAAAGUAGAAGACUGUAAGAAAUCCACACCAGGUCACAAGGAGAGCACAAAAAUAAGACAGUACUUCAUUGCUGCUGAAGAGAUCAUCUGGAACUAUGGCCCAUCUGCAGUGAACCAUUUUACAGGACAAGAAUUAAUUGUUGACAGUGAAUCUCAUGUCUUUUUUGAGCAAAGUGAGACAAGAAUCGGUGGUUCUUACAAAAAAGCAGUUUACAAAGAAUACACAGAUGGUUCUUUCACUGAACAUAAAAAAAGGCUUGCAGAGGAAGCACAUCUCGGACUCCUAGGACCCGUGAUCAAGGCUGAAGUGGGCGAGCGCAUCAGGGUGACGUUCCGGAACAACGCCAGCCGCCCGUUCAGCGUGCAGCCGCACGGAGUGCGCUACGGCAGCGGCACAGGGACCGGAUCGCCAGCCUCUCAAGUGAGCCCCGGCAUCACCUUCACCUAUGAAUGGGAUGUGCCAGAAGAUGUGGGUCCCACAGAGCAAGACCCAGACUGUUUAACCUGGCUUUAUUACUCAGCUGUGGAUCCAGUCAAAGACACCAGCUCUGGCCUUGUGGGUCCUCUCCUAGUGUGCAGGAAAGGAGCUCUGCUUUCGUCUGGGAAACAGAAAAAUGUGAACAUGGAGUUUUUUCUACUUGCCACAGUAUUUGAUGAGAAUCUGAGCUGGUAUUUGGAUGAUAAUAUUUUGAUGUUUACACUAAGUCCUGAUAAAAUUGACAAAGAUGAUGAAGACUUCCAAGAGUCUAACAAAAUGCACUCCAUUAAUGGUUAUAUGUAUGGAAACCAGCCUGGUCUUGAGAUGUGUAAAGGAAGUGUUGUUUCCUGGCAUUUGAUGGGCUUGGGUUCAGAAGUUGAUGUCCAUGGGAUAUACUUCUCAGAAAACACAUUUGUAACUAAAGGAACAAGAAGGGAUACAGCAAAUCUGUUUCCACACACAUUUCUUACAGCUAUUAUGAAGCCAGAUUCUGAAGGAGUUUUUGAAGUGUCCUGCCUGACAACAGACCACUACACUGGGGGCAUGAAACAGAACUACAAAGUGAAAAAAUGCCACUGGUGGAAUGUAGAUGUAUCUAUGUAUCUGCAUGAAAAGAUUUACUACAUUGCUGCAGUGGAAGUUGAAUGGGACUACUCUCCUAACAGGACAUGGGAAUUUGAGCGGCAUCAAUAUAAUGAGGAAAGCCCUGGCAACCCAUUUUUAAAUAAAGAUGACAAAUUCAUUGGCUCAAAGUACAAAAAGGUAGUAUACCGCGAAUACACGGAUCAGACAUUCAGUACUCUCAAAAACAGAGCAAAGGAGCAGCAGCACCUGGAAAUUCAAGGGCCACUGCUUGUGUCAAACAUUGGAGAUAAAAUUAAAAUAGUUUUCAAGAACUUGGCAUCAAGACCUUAUUCUAUCCAUGCCCAUGGAGUGAAAACAGACAGUUCUGUUGUUGCUGUAACUAACCCAGGUGAAAUAAAAAGAUAUGUCUGGAAAAUCCCAGAGAGAUCUAGUCCUGCGAGAGGAGAUUCACAUUGUAUUGCAUGGGCAUACCAUUCAACAGUGGACAUUGUUAAGGACACUUACAGUGGAUUAAUAGGCACACUUGUUGUGUGUCAUAGACAUUACCUGCCAUCAUUUCAUACUAAAAAAAAAGUUCAAUUUGCUCUUCUCUUCAUGGUUUUUGAUGAAAAUGAGUCAUGGUACUUAGAUGAAAACAUUAAAACGUAUUCUACCAACCCACACCUUAUUGACAAAGAGGAUGAGGAAUUCCUUGAAAGUAAUAAAAUGCAUGCCAUUAAUGGAAAGGUGUUUGGAAAUUUGCAUGGCCUGACUAUGCAUGUUGGAGAUAAUGUCAGCUGGUAUCUAAUGGGAAUGGGCAAUGAGAUAGACAUUCAUACAGCGCACUUCCAUGGCCACAGCUUUGACUACAAGCAAACAGGGGUUUACCGGGCAGAUGUCUUUGAUCUGUUCCCUGGGACGUCUCAAACUGUGGAAAUGACCCCACAGAACCCUGGAACCUGGCUGCUACACUGCCACGUCACUGACCACAUUCAUGCAGGCAUGGAAGCGACCUACACGGUGCUCCCAAAGGAAGACAAACUGUCUCUGAUCCCAAGACUAUUCAAUCAAUACAAGUGUAAAGGCAUGCCAGGCGCUCAAGAAUGAUGAAAGCAUUUUAACACGGUGAUCAUCCAAGGUCCUCCUUCAUUUCCUGGAAAAUACUCUCUUCUGGACCACUCAUCUCUACAUGUUUUGGAAGAUUUCACAUAGUGGCCAUGGCUAAGCAAAGAACCACAAUCUAAGACACCUGAGCAGAUGUAACAGCUUAUAAAUAUAUCUUUCUAUAAAUGAAAAUAGUACCUUGCAAGUGAAACAUUCUAGGUGAUGGCUAAUGCAUGUUAUUUAGCAGCUGAAGAACAUGGAAGAGCUAAGGAAAUGUACUAUUUUUUAAAGUUUGCGAAUAGCUCUGAGUAACAGCAAAAUUUGGGGUAUCAGUCAUCAUACUAGACACACACAUUUUACUAGACAGGUAUGUCUGUAGCAACUGCUUAGAAAAAAAGGAAUUUGGUUACCACUUUAUCCAUAGAUUCACACUGAAAAGAUACACAGUGUUGUAUAAUUGAGCAGUUAACAAAAUACUUAUAUUAUUUUUGAUGAGUUA